UGAGGGAAUGGUAAUGAUGUAAACCAGGAAAUGCAAAGUCAUUGUAGAAGGAAAAAACAGCUCAUGCCAUGCCAUUCCUAAAGAUCUUUCUGUUCAUUUGGGAUCAUGCAGGAAUAUCGUCACCUGUGCAGCAUGGACUAUGGGCCCUGAGGCACUCUGGGGCCAGCAUAAAAGGCAGCCACACUGGUGGCUCUCUCAACCACUUCUGUCACCUCCUUCUCCUUGAGAAACAGGUGCAGCGCCAGGCCCCAGCCAUGUCCUGCUCGGAGAAGUGCCAGCAGUGCCGGCCCUGCGAGCCUUGCUGCCAGUCCUGCGGCCCCUGCCCGCUGGCCAGCAGCUGCAAUGAGUGCUGUGUCAGGCAGUGCCAGAGCUCCCACGUUGUCAUCCAGCCGCCUGCUGUGCUGGUGACCUUCCCCGGCCCCAUCCUCAGCUCCUCCCCACAGAACACUGCCGUGGGAUCCUCCACCUCUGCUGCUGUUGGCAACAUCCUCAGCUGUGAGGGAGUGCCCAUCAGCUCUGGGGGCUUUGACAUCUCCUGCAUCACCAACUGCUAUGGUGGCAGCAGAUGUUGUCGUCCCUGCUAAGGAUGCUGUGGCCAACACCCUUGGACAAGGACCUCCAAGACCUCAGAUCAUGGUGCUGGAAUGAAGUCAGAACCUGAAGACAGUGGAUUUAAAGCUUUGGACUGUUGUUUCCUUCUUCUCCUGCUCUCUUUAUUCUCUUCCCUUCCUUUCCUGUCACCACCACUCAAUGCCAGC